CCUAUAUGCCGCGGACUUCCGUUCGGAUGCUUCCGGACUCUUCAGCCCGUAGCAGAACUUCCGGUUUACGUUGACGUUAACUUAAGCCAGAGCCCGCUUUCUCUGCUUUAGCUAUGGCGUUUUUCACUAGAUCAUUGCAGGACCUGCCGAGGAUAACGGUAAACGAUGUUCACCGAAUCAUCCAGGCCACAUCAAAGACACCAACGGCAAACAGAGAUAAAGGAUUUAAACUGUAUGUGGCCAGCUAUAUACACAACUACGAAGUUUCAAACAAGGAGUCAGGAGGAGGAAAGGUCACGGUUAGGUCGGAGUGCUUCCGAUCUAUGAGGAAAAGCCAGAAGCCUCACUGUCUGAGUGUUGUGCUAAGGGAUUCUAAGCCGGUGGUGUUGGAGAGAUGCCAGUGUACCUGUGUGGCCGGUACAGCUUUGUGCUGUCAUGUGGCAGCUCUACUGUAUCAGACGGCGCACUACUCCCAGCUGAGGCUUACAUCAGUUCCCCCAGUGUUCAGCUGCACAGAAACUGAACAAAAGUGGCACAAACCAAGGACCAUGGGUAUUAAACCUGGUCCAGUUAAUGACAUGGUCAUCAUAUCAGCCAGACCAAGAGAGAGGAGGCUUGCAGAAGGAAUAAGAAGCAACUUGUAUAAAGGAGUGAGCUGCCCUCUGCCAGACAUCUCCACAUUAAAAGUUCAGGAGGCAUACCAUGGACUUAGUGCAGAUGAAGCUCCCAUGAUCACAGCAAUGGCGCUCUCCAGCAAUGUUCCUCUGGUUGAGUCCAUGUUCGGUCCGGUGCAGGAGGGAAGUGUGCUGUCCUAUCAGCUACCAAUAAGGACAGUCCCCAUUACCCGUCCCCACACAGAUGCCCCUUCCCCUCCACAGCUGCCACUGUCAUAUUACAGACUCGGACCCUCUACCUGUUCAAGCAGAGUUCCUGCGUUGAGUGGCACCAACUGA